AUGCUACCACCGGUCCCCUCCCUCGACCACUAUGGCAUUUCUGAAUACGGCUUCCUUCCCAAUACAUUCCCGCUCGAGAUUCUACCCGAUCCGUAUUACAGACGAUGGGAGGCAAUAGUGUCAAACCUACAAGCGUUGCUUCUCAGCAAAAGGUUGAGGCAUGUGGUUGAUGACCUGGAUAUUAUCACAGCCUCGAGGCUACGGUCCCCUGCGGAAUGGCGAAGAGCAUAUGUGCUCUUGUCUUUUAUAACGCACGCCUACAUUUGGGGAGGAGAUAAACCAGCAGAGCGAGUCCCUCCGUCACUCUCUAUACCUUUCAUAGAGGUAUGCCGUUACUUGGAGUUACCCACAGUGGCAACAUACGCAGGCGUAUGCCUCUGGAACUUCAAGCCAAUCUUCCCUGACGAGCCAAUUGAUACCCUUGACAAUCUUUCAACUCUUGCCACCUUUACCGGCUCACUCGACGAGUCAUGGUUUUACCUGGUAUCCGUCGCCAUCGAGGCUCGUGGUGGGCCUACAAUCCCGCUCAUGUUAGAAGCAAUUGAGGCCGCUCGUGCAAAUGACAGUCGUACAGUGACAGAAUGUCUUCACGCAUUUGCAGAAAGACUGGAUGAGCUAGGCACCUUGCUUACGAAAAUGUACGAGAAUUGCGACCCCCAUGUCUUCUACCACCGGAUCCGUCCUUUUCUCGCUGGUAGCAAGAACAUGGCCGAUGCGGGACUCCCCAAUGGCGUCGUUUUCGAUACUGGCGCCGGAAAUGAACCUUACCGUCAGUAUGGUGGCGGUAGUAACGCUCAAUCAUCCCUGAUCCAAUUCUUCGACAUUGUGCUUGGAGUCGAGCAUCGCCCAACUGGCACCCAGAAGUCAUCAGACUCCUCCACCGAAAGUGACACUGAAGGGCCCACCGCUCCACCUUCUCGCCACAACUUUAUCCAUGAGAUGCGAUCCUAUAUGCCUGGUCCUCACCGCCAAUUCCUGAAACAUGUCUCCUCUGUGGCCAAUAUUCGCGAAUAUGUCGAAGCCCAUAAAUCGAACCGAUCAUUGAGUAUUGCGUACGACGCUUGCUUGGCUAUGGUACGCGCGCUGCGGGACAAGCAUAUCCAGAUGGUGUCCCGAUACAUCAUUGUCAAGUCUCGCGAGUCGCGUUCACACUCUCGGUCGCUUUCCCCGAGAAAUGCGCCAAAUCAGCCUCAGCCACUCAAUCUUGCCAAUACGCAUAAAACCUCGAAGACUGAGAAACCCGGCAGCAAAAAGCUCAGAGGGACAGGCGGGACGUCACUCAUACCGUUCCUCAAGCAAGCGAGAGAUGAAACUGGUGAACCUGCCAUUGACGCUUGGGCGAGACGAAUCCUAAGUAAUGGGCCUGCCGAGAGCGGUAACAUGUCUCCUUUUGCUCCCUUGGGAAAACUAGGGGAGAAUGUGGAUGGCGAAAUGGAGAUUGUGGGUCUCGCAGGGGUAUGGAAGAUGGACGACAGUGAAGGAGGGUUGUGCCAUUGGUGA